UUUAAUACAAAUGUGAAUUGUGGAACAAAAAGCUACAAAUAAUUCAUUGCUGAGCAGCAAUAACUGUUUUCCGUGUUUCGCCAUGACCAGCUAUGCUAGCACCGUGCAGCGUCGCAAAACAACUACAUCAACCUCUAAAGUAUCAACAAAACCUAAAUCAAAGCAUGCUGCUGUAAGCACAGACUCAGCCGCCGUUAACUCUAAUGCCGCCACUACAAGAACAAUAACUGCCACAAUUAUAAAUUCUACAACAAACGGCUCAAACAAUCCAUCAACGAUAGCGGCCACUUCUCCAAACGAAAGACUUCAACAGUAUUCGUUAGGCGACAUACUUGUUGGAAUUAUGCGGAGAGGAACGAAGAAGCAGCCCACCGCUAGCAACGGCAACAACUACAUAUCUCCUAAAACAACCAAUAACACCACCUCUGCCCUAGUUCUGCGCGCCACCACUUCCACACUAUGCAAUGGCAGCAUAGCUUGUUGCCGCGAUGUGAACUGCCGUCUGAAUGCGCUGAGCGAGCAUUUUAGCGCGCUUGCGCAACACCAGCAGCAUCAAAAUAUGCAGCGCGCAUCAGUUGCUUCAAACGCGUUGUUAUCGUCUUGUACGCCCCACUCGCAGAGCAGUCGUCGCAGCCGAAGUUCUACUGCUGCCAGUUUGAGACAGAGCGCAUCAGACGCAGCGCUUAACCUGCCUUCUGUGCAAGCAGCAGCAGCUGUAACGGCUUUACGUGACAGUUCGCCCGAUUCAGGUGUCGGUAGCGAUGCUGUAACGACAAAGAUUCACCAUGCCAGUGUGAAAUCCUCGGCCCCAGAUUCCGUUUUGUCUGCGCCAGAACGGCCCUUCACCGUAAGCCUGCAACUGGACUUGUGUACGUGGCUUCUAUUUGUUUUGUCACUUUGCACACGCUUCUAUAAGCUUUCAAUGCCGCGGCAUGUCGUCUUUGACGAGAUUCAUUACGGCAAGUACAUAUCCUUUUACAUGCGAAACAUUUUCUUCUUCGACCAACAUCCGCCAUUGGGCAAGCAGCUAAUAGCCGCAGUUGCACAUGCCGCCAGCGGCUACGAUGGCAAUUACACUUUUCAACACAUUGGAGCGGAAUAUAGCGAAAAUGUUCCAAUAUUUUGGCUACGUUUUGUCCCAGCGUUGUGUGGAAGUGCCUUAGCUCCUAUUGUAUACAAACUGCUUCUGGCCGCACGACUUUCGGAAUGGUUUGCUUUCUUGGGAGGCCUACUUGUAAUUUUAGACAAUGCGUUACUCACGCAAUCACGAUUUAUAUUGAUGGAGUCCAUGCUUUUGUUCUUCGCUACCUCUGGUCUCUACUACAUGUUGCGCUUCCAAGGUGGUCGUUUCGGAAGCCCUCUUUGGUUGGUGUCAGGGUUAGCUGCGGUCUCGUGCUUCACGUUCGCGGCGAGCGUAAAAUAUGCCGGAUUCCUAACGUACGGUCUUGCCAUCUAUCUGUCUUGCCGAUUCCUGUGGGAUAAAUUAUACGAUUAUACGCUAUCAAAUCUUCAUAUCAUUUUGCAAACUCUUAGCCGCAUAAUUUUGUUCACCGUUGUGCCACUCGCCUUGUAUGUAAGCAUUUUCUAUAUCCAUUUGCAGACAUUGUAUCGCGCUGGGCCGCAUGAUAGUGCUAUGACUAGUGCCUUCCAGGCUUCUCUUGAUGGCGGGCUGGCCUCCAUCACCAAAGGUCAGCCGGUAAAAGUUGUCCACGGUUCACAGAUAACUCUGCGUCACACUCAUGGCCGCACUUGCUGGUUGCACUCACACGCUCACGUCUAUCCAGUGCGUUAUCCAGACAAGCGUGGUUCUUCGCAUCAACAGCAAGUCACUUGCUACUCUUUCAAAGACGUAAACAAUUGGUGGAUUGUGAAGCGUCCGAAGCGCGAAGAUUUGGUCGUCGGAGAUGAAUUGGAUGUUAUACGGCAUGGAGAUAUUAUUCAAUUGGUGCAUGGCAUUACUAGUCGUGGACUGAACUCCCAUGAUGUAGCUGCACCCAUGACCCCGCAAUGUCAAGAGGUCUCAUGCUACAUCGACUAUGAAAUUAAGAUGCCUGGUGAACUAUUGUGGCGAGUGGAGAUUUUAAAUCGUGACACGGAAGGACCUAUUUGGCAUGCCAUUAAAUCAGAGGUGCGACUUAUCCAUCAUACAACUGGCGCAGCAUUGCGUUACAGUGGACGCCAGCUUCCCGAGUGGGGAUUUAAUCAACACGAAGUGGUGGCUGAUCGGAUUGUGGAACACAAGGAUGUAAUAUGGAAUGUAGAGGAGCAUCGCUACACAAAAACACAAGAUCAACGAGAGCGUGAGCGGCAACUCCUUAAAGCCGAGAUGAUUCCCACGAAAAAGAUAAAGCUAAGCUUUUUAUCGAAAUUUUUUGAAUUACAAACGAAAAUGAUUUGGAACACGAAACAGGUGAAUUCGCACAUGUAUAGCUCCUCACCACUCGAAUGGCCCUUGCUGGACAAAGGCAUCGCCUACUGGGUUGAUAGUAAGACGAACAGUCAGAUACAUUUGCUUGGUAAUGUCAUCAUUUGGUACACUGGAACUGCAGCACUCCUGUUCUACAUCGCACUAAACGUAUUCUAUGUGCUGCGCCGUCGCCGCCUGCACUUCGAUCUUCCCGAAAGUGAAUGGAAACGGUUCCGUGAAGUUGGCGAUAUAUUCUUGGUUGGUUAUCUUAUGCACUACCUGCCCUAUUUUACAGUGGAUCGCGCACUAUUUUUGCACAACUACCUGCCUGCCUUCCUCUUCAAACUUUUGCUAUUGUGCUAUGUUUUGGAACACAUCGACUAUCUGUUGCGGCUGCGCUGUUAUUCUGAUACCGACGCCUCUGGGCAAGGUGUUUUGCAUCAGAAGUGGAUUUGGUUAGCGCGUAGCUAUAGGCUGGGUAUUAUAGUUUGGUUUAUGUCCGUUGUGUGGGUAUUUUUCAAGUUUCUACCGCUUACAUACGGAAUACAGAAAAUUACUGCACGGGAAGUGAUCAGCUUGCGAUGGAAGGAUACGUGGGACUUCAUAUUGCAACGACAGCAUAUACUCAAAUAGCUGACCGAAAAUCGUGUCAAUUUUACAAUAUAUAUAAAAAUAACGAGAUUAUGAGUUGAAGACAUUGGAACAUGUAUACAUAUGUAUUUAUGUAAGCAAGGAAAGUGACAAUGGUUUAUAUGAAUUUUUAUGAAAUC